UUGUUCUCGAUUGAACUAGCAGUCAAAGCGGCGGCGCCUGGCACUCGGCACGCUUGUGCGUCGUGUCUGUAUCGUUAUCAGUCCAGUGAACCUAUAAGCUGCUAUAAUGGACCUUUUACGAUUCAGUGCUGCGAGACAUCUACAGUUGUUUACGACGAGUUACAGAAGUAUGCAUCUUUUGAAGAAGGAAGCUUAUGUGAACGGAGAAUGGCUGCGCGCGUCAAAUAAUGCUGUGUUUCCUGUGACCAAUCCUGCAGAUGACUCUGUGAUUGCCGAAGUGCCCGACAUGGGCGAACAGGACGCUAAAUUUGCGGUCGAUGUCGCUUCCAAAGCAUUCAAAACAUGGAGAGAUUCAACUGCAAGGGAACGAGCGAGUAUUCUCCGAAAAUGGAAUGACCUCUGCUUGAAAAACAUUGAUCACCUUGCAGAGGUAUUGACAGCCGAAUCGGGAAAGCCUUUAGCGGAAGCAAAGGGUGAAAUUAUAUAUGGAUCAUCUUUUCUCGAUUAUUUUGCAGAUACGACGCGCCAUGUUACUGGGGAAAUUAUUCCAAGUCCCUGGCCAAAUAAGCAGAUCCUUGUGACGAGGCACCCAAUUGGGGUAAUAUCAGUCAUUACACCCUGGAAUUUUCCCUUCGCGAUGAUAACUCGUAAAGUGGGGGCUCUCAUGGCUGCUGGUUGCACUUGUGUCAUCAAGCCAUCAGAAGAUACCCCUCUGACAGCUUUAGCGGCAGUAGAACUAGCUGUUCAAGCCGGUGUGCCUAAAGGUGUUAUUAAUGUGGUUACGUCUAGCAGAAAUAAUGCUGCCAGUGUAGGCAAAGUUCUGUGCGAGGAUCCUGCUGUAGGUUGCAUUUCAUUUACUGGCUCUACCAAUGUUGGAAGAAUUCUCUAUGGAUUAGCUGCAAAGGGCAUUAAAAGAGUAUCAUUAGAGUUGGGUGGCAAUGCCCCAUUUAUUGUUUUCCCUAGUGCUGACCUGGAAAAUGCUCUCGACCAAGCUGUGUCAGCAAAGUUCAGAAAUAAUGGGCAGUCCUGCGUUGGAGCUAAUAGGUUCCUAAUACAUGAGAGUGUGUUCGACAAGUUUGUAGAAGGAUUUAAGAGUCGCAUUGGAAAGAAGUGUAUCCUCGGGCCCGGAACCAAGGAGGGGGUGACUUGUGGGCCACUUAUUAACAAAAUGCAGGCUGAUAAAGUGUCUGGCCUUGUCAAUGAUGCAGUAUCAAAAGGAGCAAAGGUUGUGCUUGGUGGAAAAAUUGCCCAGAAUAUAGGCAACAAAUUCUAUGAAUCCACUUUGUUAGUUGAUGUGACACCCAGUAUGACAAUAUACCACGAGGAGGUGUUUGGCCCUGUGGCUGUAUGUUACAAGUUUAAAGAUGAAGCGGAGGCACUGGAAGUUGCCAACAGCACUAGAUGUGGCUUGGCUAGCUAUGUGUUUACCAAAGACCUCGGCCAAGCAUUCAGAAUGUCUCAAAAACUGGAAUUUGGAAUGGUCGGGAUCAAUGACGGAAUAAUUUCUGCAGCUGAGCCACCUUUCGGAGGCAUUAAAGAAUCUGGAAUUGGCCGAGAGGGAAGCAAGCAUGGUGUUGAAGAAUACACUGAUAUCAAAUAUACUUUGAUGUCUGCUUUGGAUAAAUAAAUAAUAUCUUUAUUGUUGAGUUUAUGAGCCAUAUUAUUUUAAGUACUGAAAUUUGUUGCAUUUUUAGUUGUUUUUGUAUAUAUAUACUAUAAUGUUAAUAAAAUAGUUUACAACUUUUAAUUUAUCUAUGUUUAAAAUUAACUUUGAACACCUAUUUGAUACUUAGCUCAGUUAUAUUUUGUGCUCUGUUUUCAGUAUAAUAUAAGUAUACGGUACAUAGGAGAUAGGAGUUAUCUCUGUGAACCAUUCCAGUCUUCCAGAAAAUGUGAUUUAGAAGUAAAUAGAAAAAUGUGUAAUUCAUUAUUUCAAUAGAAAUAACUAGCCAGCUUAGUUAGUAAUACUGGAUAAGAUUUUCCUAUUAUUUAUUAAUUGUAAAAUGAUUACCUUAAUAAAAUUGUAUGCAUUUAAAAAAAAUCUGAUUUGUUUAUAAUGUAGCUCUAUUAAGAAAAGCUGGCUCAUGAUUUUUUAUAUACAUUUGGUGCAUUUGUUUUCAUUCAUGUAAAGUAAGUUGCAGAGAUAACUGAUCCCCCUUGCAUAUAGAAAUUUGUUAGUAGGUUAACUAUCUCUGCAGCUGACUGUACAAUCAACAUCAGCUUGAUUUGUUGCUAUAGGAACGUUAAAAUAUAUUUAGCCACUUUGACUAGUAACUAAUUGAUACUGACUGUAUCUACGUAUACAUAAGUAGGUGUAUACACUUAUACAGUCAGUGGUAAAAGCUGACAUUCAAAUCACAAAUCUGGUCUAACAGUGCUGAUCUAACGGUCUCAUUGCUGAACUGUCUUAUUUCCGUGUUAUAUUAGACAUGAAUCAUAGUACAUUUAUUUUUUCUUCAAUGUAGCAAAUACUGGUCUCAUAUGUAUAUCGUAAAAUAUACUCUAAGCAUGUUAUAAGUAU